UCUUCUUCUAUACGCCCUUGACCUUCCUGCUCGUAUGACGACACAUCAAAACAAUAACAAUUUGACAUUGUUGAUGUGGACUUUGCUUCAGAAUAACAUUAUUGUAAAUGAGAGAAUAAAACGACCAGAGGAUGAAUACGGCUCUGAGACACUGGAAGGAGGCCGCGACGGUCAUACUAGCUGCUGGUACGAGACAUAAACUCCCUGUAGAUAGUUUGACGAGGUGUGUGGAUAAAGGCACCUCUGCACCUGCGAUCAGUGGGCACUCCAACCUACCUGACAGGUUAGCCUUCGACUAUGAAGUGUUGUUGUUGAAACGAAGCGGUACGAGUGGUUUCAUGCCGAAUGCUUAUGUGUUUCCCGGUGGUCUGGUGGAACCGGCAGAUUUCUCAAGGGAAUGGCUUGAUCUUUUUAAAUCUUUUCGGCGCUCACCGAAUUUUGGACUGGGAUUUGUGAAACAGCCGCCGGAGACGAGACCUCCUAUCUUCGCCACUGACAGGAAGAAACUGGGUUCCCCCGUUCCAGGGGACGUCGCAUUUAGAAUCUGUGCCGUGAGGGAAACGUUUGAGGAGUCGGGUGUACUUCUAGUCGUGCCUAAAGAGGAAGAGAGUACUUUACUGAACAGCAUCAAGAACAACAGAUACAGUCAGUCUGAAUUAACCAGAAUAACCGAUCUCUGUGACAAGAGUGAAUUGGCUAAAUGGAGAGUGCUGGUAAACGAGAACCCCUCUAACUUCGUCAGAAUGUGCAGGGAGCUGGAGUGUCUACCAAACAUCUGGGCUCUGCAUGAAUGGGGUAACUGGCUGACCCCUACUGGUGUGUACGGGAAACAGAGGAGGUACGACACGGCCUUCUACAUUUUCUGCUUGCAAAAAACACCACCUCACACCGCGGACUGGAAUAAACGUUUUCCUUUAACGAAAGCCAUGAGAAUGUUGUCCGGCUGCGGGGACCAUGCCUCCAGAAGCCUUGAGAAAGUUGUCCGGCUGCGGGUACCGUGCUUCCAGAAGCCAUGA